UGUUGUACACGAGACACCCACCCACGCAAAGAUGGCUGCGAAAGGCUCGCAUUUUCACCUGAAAAUGGAAGAGGCGAUCGAGAGGUGCAGGGCGGACUGCCAAUGGGAGAUGCAGCUCGCCGUGGUGGCCCAGAUGAGGGCGCGGGCACCCAGCCCUCGGCACAAGGGGGCGAAAGGAGCCGUUGCCGCGCCGCAGAAAUCUGAUGACUAUGAGAAUCUACUAGCUGCGGAGGCACUGUUGGAACUGUGCUUAAAAGAGAACCUUGCCAAAAUCAAAGAAACCAUACCAUUAAUGGAAAAAACCGAGCCCAAACUGAGUGACGCCAAAAAAUCUUUGACUGACAUUCUAAAUCGAGGAAAAUUACUGCCAAAAGAUAUGACAGAAGCAAUGUUGAUCCUUGCAAAGCUUCAUUAUAUUGAAGGCUGUUACCGGGAGACUUUAAGCAUGUAUGCAAGAGCUGGCCUUGAAGACAUUGUAGUAGAGAAGAAACCUUUAUACAAGCUGCGUCUGCUAACCGAAGCUUUUGUUAUUAAAGGCUUGGCACUGGAACGCUCGCCCAAUUCCACUGCUUCCCAAGUACGGCUGUCAGAAAAAGAAGAGGAAGUCAUGAUUUGCUUUGAAAGGGCAUGUGUAAUCGCUCAGAUUUUCCUGCAAGAACUGGAGAAGAGGUUUAAUAAUACACAUACAAGAAGCAUAAAAGCCAGUCAGAUGUCUUCCUUGGAUUUUGAACUUCCUUACUUUCUGGAAGCAGCUCUACAGAGUGCAUAUGUGGCUCAUUUAAAGAGAGGCAACAUUAUUCAAGGAAUAAGAAAUCUAAGAGAAUUGUUAAGGACCAUGGAAACAAAAUCUACUCAGAGCUUCAGAAUGACAGCCACCAAACAACUGGCAGAGCUUCUCCUCCACUCCCUAAGUGAAGAUUGUUACUGGAGUCCUUUAUCUGACCCACUUCCUGAGUUCAUGAAGAAAGAGGACAGCGCUUAUAUUUGUACUACCUUGCAUCGAAAACUACAGCAACACGCUGGUGAUAACAUCUAUAGCCCCCAUGACAACGUUGAAGAAGCUCUCCUCCUCCUGCUGAUCAGCGAAUCCAUGGCAAACCAGGAUGCAGUAAUCAGCCGAGCUCCUGAUCAGAAAGAUGAUCGAGCCAUCAGUCUCCAGAGUACAUCAGCAGUUUAUGAUCUUCUGAGUAUCACUCUGGGCAGAAGAGGACAGUAUGUCAUGCUUUCUGAGUGUUUAGAAAGAGCAAUGAAGCUUGCAUUUGGUGAAUUUCAUCUCUGGUACCAGUUGGCUCUGGCCAUGACAGCUUGUGGCAAGUCUGCUCAUGCGGUCUCAGUGCUCAGAGAAUGUGCGAAGCUACGUCCUGCAGAUCCCACUGUCCCUCUCCUGGCCGCUAAGGUCUGCAUUGGACCUCUACACUGGCUGGAGGAAGGAGAACGUUUCGCCAAGAUGGUUGUUCGCAUGGGAGAAGAUGCUGGAGAAUUCCUAGCAAAGGGUUUUUUAGCAUUAGGCCUGACAUACAGCCUUCAAGCAACUGAUGCUACCCUGAAAAGCACACAAGAUGACUUGCAUCAGAGAGCACUUCAGAAUUUAGAAAGAGCUCAUCACUUAGCACCUGAAGACCACCAAAUUAUCCUCUACAUCUCAUUGCAGCUGGCUCUUAUUAGGCAGAUUUGUGAUGCAAUAGAACAUCUCCAAGAAGCACUGAAACUGUGUAAGGAUGAUAUGAAUUCUCUUCAUUUGUUGGCCCUCCUUUUUUCAUCACAAAAACAAUACCAACAUGCUUUGGAUGUAAUUGAUGUGGCCCUUGCAGAAUAUCCUGACUGCUUCCAUUUACUCUUCACAAAAAUAAAACUGGAAUUAAUACAUAAAGGACCGGAAGAGGCUUUAGUGACCUGUAGACAUAUGUUGCAUCAGUGGCAGAUGUUGUAUAAUGUUUCGCAACAAAGUGAUUCAGAAAAGGCAAACAGUUUGAUUGAGAUAGUACCAGCCAAGAAGAAUAAUAACGUGUAUCUUACUCUACCUGAUGCCCAUGAUAACGAUUCCGGUUCCCAGCGAGCAUCUUCCAUUGCAGCAUCACGACUGGAACAGGCCAUGUCAGAGAUAACUAUGCAGAGUUCUGCCUCAAAGCAAGGGCCUAUUCAGCUGUGGACAACUCUUGAACAGAUCUGGUUGCAGGCUGCUGAAGUCUUCAUGGAGCAACAGCAUCUCAAAGAAGCAAGCUUUUGUAUCCAGGAGGCAGCCAGUCUCUUUCCCACAUCUCAUGCUGUGCUGUACAUGCGGGGGAGGCUUGCAGAGAUGAACGGCAGCUUGGAAGAGGCUAAGCAGUUGUAUGAUGAAGCAUUAACUGUGAAUCCAAAUGGAGUGGAAAUCAUGAACUGUUUGGGACUGGUACUCAACAAGCUUGGGCGACGAAAUUUGGCUCAGAAGGUUCUGCAGGAUGCAGUCCAGAUACAGAGUACCAGCCACAAAGCCUGGAACAGCCUUGGAGAAGUCCUUCAUGCUCAGGGCAAAAAUGAAGCUGCUGUUGAGUGCUUUCUGACUGCUUUGGACCUUGAAUCCAGCAGCCCUGUCAUUCCGUUUACAGUUAUUCCAAGGGAAUUGUGAAUGUUUAGUAUUAACUCAUCAAAUGUGUUCUGUGGAGAAAGUUUAGGUGAUAAGCAGUCAGUUUACAGAUGUGUGUGUG